AUGGACAACCCGAUCGAACUGCCCAGCGGCCACCUCCUGUGCCGCGCCCACGGCUUGGUCGUCUGCGGCAUCUGCUGCGUCGACUACAGUUUCAUGGACGAGAUUCUCGACCCCUCCUCCGACGAGUCUUUUUCUGGGGAGGAGGAGGAGGAGGAGGAGCAUGAUUCCCUGGAGGAGGUAGAUUGGGAUAGGGACAGCGACAGUGACGGCCACGGCGACGAGUUGCUCACCGAAGACGAGAUGGCGGCGUUGAGGGCGCGGUUGGUUGCGAGAAAGGGGGCCGGUGGUAAAGGCAGUAAUGGUGCGAAGAGUGGAUCGGCACCGCGAGGAGCAGCGACAUCAGCAGCAGCGUCAGCGAUAGUCACAUCACCGAUAGCAGCAUCUGCAGCGACAGGAGCAGCAGCAGCAACGGAAGCGGAAAAGAAGAAGAGAAACAGACGGAAUAAGAACAGGAACAGGAAUAGAAACAGGAACAAGAACAAGAACAACAGCAACAAAGGUGUGACGACCACGACCUAG